UAUGCAUUUCAUACUGUGUGACAACAGCUUCUUUAACGAUGGGACUCAACAAGGUAAACAACCAAACUUACACACCUCCCCCCUGCCCAUGGCCGCGGCCUGAAUGUGGUGAGAGCGAUGAGCUGGAGGCGAACUGACCAGCCGCUGGCUCCACCAAGGCAUGAUUCAUUCAUCAGCCGCCUUGCCUCGCCUCGCCUCGCCGCUCUUUAUAAAGCCCCGACCAGAUUCGUUUUCCACCGCCAGCUUCUGUUUUGUUUUGAUCGGUUCAUCUUCUGUCACUGUCGUUGUGUGAAUGAAUCUCUGAUUUGGUUCUUACUUUCCACGGAUUUCUCGAAACGCCGUCGCUGCAUCCGAUUUCCUAGAAAGACCACCUUUCUUGGUUCAACUUCUUACCGCUUCCAACAUAAACUCUCACCGACUCAAGAACGUGUUCAGUUCAUCUCUCAGAGGUCUACUUUUUCCAUAAAUUCAACAAAACAAACAACGCCAUGCCUCCUAAGCGAAUUCGCUGCACCGCUGCUUCGUGCCGUGAGCCCGCUCAACGCAUCGUCGGCGACUGCACCUUUUGCCAAGGUCAUUUCUGCGGCAAGCACCGCCUACUAGAAGACCACAAGUGUACCGGUCUCGAGGACUGCAAGAAGCAGUCUCACGAGCGUAACGCUGCACAACUCGAGUCGGAACGAACCCAGGUUAUCCGGGGUGUGUAAAUCGACCAACGAGAGUCAUCACCUUACAUAUCUAUAUCAUGGUUCGGACUGGAGACUGGCGUCGCUCCUAAAAUCCACAAUGCGCAUUCUGACGGCCACGACGUAAUGAGAUUGGAUUCCGAGACAGCAUCUGCAUUAGAUGCAUAGCGUUAUUCGCCGGUGUAUAUUUCUAUUCGGAUAGUUGAGGGUGCGUUGGCGUACAGGAUAUGAUAAGGGGACAUUGUCCCCUCCUUUAGCGGGCUCUGAAUUGAUUCAUUUCUUCAUCACAAUCACAAAGCGAAAUGUGUCCAUUGAGAUUUGGUAAUCCUUGGAAUACGUCGAUCAACGGACGGUUUCAGUCGACUGCUGCUAUAGAGGCGGUGACAUUGCUUGACUACUUGACUCAGAAUGGAGUGAAGAUCCGUCGUCUUGGCUUGAUUACGUGUUGCUCGAGCCUGGCCUCUAAUGCGACUUUAGGGAACCACCAGGACCCUGUCUUGUUUUACCGGCUUAUCUCCGAUAUCGUAUCGGGCCCAUAACUGAUCUCGUGAGCGUCUGUAGACCGCGCAUACGAUAGUGCCAUCUGGGCUAGACCACAGAAGUGCGCCGUCAAGAGACUAAUAACUUUGUCUUUGUAGAAUAGGGUAUCAAUGGGUAUUAAUGCGUCUGGAGGGCAGUCUUUUCUGUCAGUUCUCAAUGCCAGCCUUCAUAAGCGCUCAUACACGUGGUCAAAUCGACUUCUGCCAGCGACUCCAGGCAAUUCGAUCCUGGGGAUUAUUAUGGGGUGGUUGGUUCCGGGGGCGGGGCCGCGGAUGGGGUUAAUCGUCUGUCAUGAGAACCUGAGAGCCCAUCAUACAACACCCUCUUCUUUGAUUACAAUGUUCUGUGAAACCUCCGUUUUGACCAGUGUAUCGUUCUGAGCCUCCGAUUCUAUCUUUUCGGCUUUGAGCUGGCGUCCGGCAGACACCUUUGCUCGAUCGGCAGCUUUGCAUAGUCCUUCAAGGCCAAGAUCACAUUCACCGCACUUGCGACCGACAGGAAGACAUACUGACUGUCCCAACCCCACCAGAAGAUGGUUGAUCUCAUGCCAUCGAUCUUGUGGGAGCCAUGACUGAAGUGUUGUUCGUGUCUCUUCUGGGUUCUUCGUUUUGUGCCAACCCCAAAGAUUUGUGAUACGAUGUACGUGCACAUCAACACCAAUCCCCAGAUGUUUACCCCAUGCUACGGACAUGCAGAGAUAGGCCAUCUUGGGUCCGACGCCCGGUAGCGACACGAGGCCCUCGAUGGUGUUGGGGAUAUCGCCAUCCCAUUUAUCGCGGAGAAUCUCAGCUGUUUGCUUGAUAUACCUGAACACCAGUCAGUCCAAUCUCGAUCAGUCCAUACCGAUCGGGUGACAAACUUUGUCUUGUUGUUGUGAAAGCCAACCGCCCAGAUGAACUCGUUCAGAAGCUUAGGGUCGAUUGCCAGUAUGUUAUUUAGGUUUAGUCCUGGCGGCGCCCCGGGUUCAAAAGGUGGCAGCUCAGUUUGCAUCUUCUUCAUAACCACGGCGUUCACCGUGUCCUUUGUCUGACUCGACAGCAUGAGCGCCACCAAUGUGUGGAAUCUUUGGUCUUUUGGUGAUGCGUUUCGAUCCGCUAAACGUUCGCAUCCCAUAGUGUCAACAGCUGCGCCGUAAGCUCGCCCACCUGGUGCCCGCAUCUUCCUCACAGUAUCAUAAACAGCCUCCCAAUCUGAGGGAGGUUCCAUCUUUGUUUCGCCAGUUGUUGCAUCGAAGGCUUUGCGAGCGGGCUUACGAACCCGUCGCACUUUUGCUGGGGGUGAUGGAAUAUCAUCGAGUGCUUCGUCGACCACUUCGGGCUUUACGCCUUGAGCGGAUGUCGAAAUUUCGGUCUUGGUCACUACGACACGCCUUCGUUUACGAGCAGGACCUCCACUGUCUUCGAUAUCGGCGAGCGUGGGUUUGGACUCUUCUGUUGAGGUAAAGGCGAAUUUGGCCAGCGCAGACCUUGUCAAUCGUCUUGGUGGUGAAAUAGGCUCAGCCGUACGAUCGAAUAGUUUCGAAGCGUCUCUUGAUAUUCGUGAUGAGCGCAUUUUGUUUGUUUCGUAUGUUUUCGUUUGGUAAUUGUAGAUUGAUCUAAGUCGCGACUUAUCAUGGACCCCUUUUCAUAGGUAGACAAAUGAAAUCAAAAGGAUUGCAAAAACUGUCCCCACCUCCAGUGUUAGUGGAGAUACCCCAUAUUAUAGGUAGUCUAGGGUGAUGCUUUCUAAAAACACGCUUGGAACGCAAAUAAUAUCUAAAGGA